AUGGCGCUGGAACGUGAGACCUAUACCGGGCCGUCACCGCAAGGUGGGUCGCUGGCUAUAUUUGUGGUGCGAGCAGCGCAUGGCCGGUUGCAAGAAAAACAAUCGGUCGCUGCUUUGCGAAGUCAUGAUCCAGGCAAGGAGAAGGUGGCGAGUAGAAGGGUCGCCGUGGUGAGCCUGGAAGCCACGGGCGUGAGUCUGGGAGGAGCCGCCACGGGUGCAGAUCUUGGUGGUUGUAGCAAAUAUUCAAGUGAGAACCUUGAAGUGGAGAAGGUUCCAUCGAAAUUUCUGAGCGAUCUAUUCGUUUACCUGGUGCGCGAGAUGCGACAGUCAAUGAUGGUAGCCUUUUCCCCCGCGCGCAAAAUCGACACUCGCUUUGACCCAAAAGCCAGCCACGGUACUGUAGCAGAGCUGCUGGUUUUUGCAGAUGAGGCCGAGUACACUGGUGCACUGGACUGGGCCAGUCACUUUUUCCAGGUUUGUCUCUUUUAA